UGCAUUGCGUAUACGACGCGUGUGCUACAUUUGUGAAUAAAAGUGAAAUAAAGUGAAUUUUGGAUACAACCAACAAAACAUCACAUAUAUACAUAUGAGAAUGAGCGCAUCGGGCAAGAGUCUGUUAGGCCUCUGGCUGUACCGCAGCGGCGAACAGGAAUGGGCCGUCAAACAGGGCAGUCCGCUGCACACGCUCAAGAAGGAGUCGGCGGCGGCGGGGGCUUCCUCAACGCACGCAAGUCUCGCCCGACAUGCCUCGGCACCUGGCGACAAUUUUCUAUUGUUCUCCUCCUCCAACAAGCAGGAACGGAGCAAUGGGGGCUCCGCCGAGCCGGCGCGCCUGCCCGGCGAUGCAGGGCGUCCGCCUGCGGCCGGCGGCGAGCGCAUCUCCAUUUUGUUCACGUUGAAGAACCAGGUGGGCAAUUUGGCUCGUGCGCUGCAGGUCUUCCAGGAGCUGGGCAUCAAUGUGCUGCACCUGGAGCUGUCGCCCAUGGAGGCGACCUGCAAUCAGGCCGACGUCCUGGUGGAUGUUGAGUGCGAUCCACGUCGCUUGGAUCAGGUGGUGAAAAUGCUCAAUCGCGAGGUCGCCUCGGUUAACUAUACGUCUGUUAAUGCGCAUACUUUAGCCCGGGCGCCUUCCCUGUCUGCCUGCUCCAGUUUUGACUUUGGUGACAUGGUUUGGUUUCCGCGCAAGAUAUCCGACCUGGAUCAGGCGCAGAAUGUGCUCAUGUAUGGCUCCGACCUGGAUGCCGACCAUCCUGGCUUCAAGGAUCCCAUUUAUCGCAAGCGCCGCGAACAGUUCUCGGCCAUAGCCAACAAUUUCAAGCACGGCAAUCCCAUUCCGCGCGUGCAGUACACGCCGGAGGAGGUGAAAACUUGGGGCACCGUCUUCUUGGAGCUGCAUCGCCUUUAUCAGCUGCACGCGGUGCCCGAGUACAUGGAGAACUGGCCGGAGCUGGUCAAGUUUUGUGGCUAUCGUGAGGACAAUCUGCCGCAGCUGCAGGAUGUCAGCAGCUAUCUGAAGCGCAAGACGGGCUUUCAAUUGCGUCCCGUCGCUGGUUACCUUUCGCCCCGUGACUUUCUCUCCGGACUGGCCUUUCGCGUGUUCCACUGCACGCAGUACAUAAGGCACUCCUCGGAUCCCUUCUACACGCCGGAGCCUGAUUGCUGUCACGAACUUUUGGGCCACAUGCCGCUGUUGGCCAACUCGAGCUUUGCCCAGUUCUCCCAGGAGAUUGGCCUCGCCUCGCUGGGCGCCUGCGAUGCAGACAUUGAGAAGCUGGCCACGCUGUACUUUUUCACCGUCGAGUUUGGCCUGUGCAAGCAGGCGGACAACAGCUUCAAGGUCUACGGCGCCGGUCUGCUCAGCUCUGUGGCGGAGCUGCAGCAUGCCAUUACGGCACGGGAUAAGAUCAAGAAAUUCGAUCCGGAGCUGACCUGCAAGGAGGAGUGCAUCAUCACAUCCUAUCAGAAUGCCUACUACUAUACAGACUCCUUCGAGGAGGCCAAGGAGAAAAUGCGAGCCUUUGCGGAGAGCAUCCAGCGCCCGUUUGGGGUGCGCUACAAUCCCUACACGAGCAGCGUGGAGGUUCUCUCCAAUGCCCAGAAGAUAACCGCCGUGGUCAGCGAGCUGAAGGGCGAUCUAAGCAUCGUUUGCUCCGCUCUGCGCAAGAUCUCGGCCACGGAUGAGAAUCUGGACGUGGACAGCAUAGCGAAUAUGCUGCACAAUAGCCUCAAUGUACGCUCCGGCGGCGCCGGCGGCGGCAACAGUCCAGACAACACGGAGCACUAUAUAGCCGAGGGCGAUUAGAGGAGGCCGACAUCGAGAAA